CAAUUUUCAUCAAACAAACAACUUGAUUUUGUUGAGAAGAAAACCAAGGUACCUCGAUCAUAUGCUGUACUUGGUGUUGGAGCACUCUAUGUGGUAAAUGUUUUAUUCAAUACAUUUGGAAUUGGAGAAUUAUUGUCGAAUCUUGCAGGAUUUGGAUAUCCAGCAUACUUAUCAAUGAAGGCAUUAAGAACAACAGAAAAACACGAUGAUUCUGAUUUAUUGGUUUAUUGGGUUGUAUUUGGAGCAUUGAGUGUUGCUGAAUAUUUUUCGAGAACAAUUUUAUAUUUGGUUCCAUUUUAUUAUUUUUUCAAGACGAUUUUUUUGCUAUACUUAAGUUCUACCACAUACAGAGGAGCAAAUUUUAUUUACACUCAAUUCUUGGGGCCAAUGAGUGAGAAGUUUAUU